AUGGACCUUCUAGUAGCCUUGGAGACAAUACGAAAUGCAUCUGAUGCCAAUCUUCACUCGCAUGCAGCACAGACCAUUUUGACGCUUAGGAGAGUCGGUCAACGUCUUCAGCAAAACCUAAUACCCUCGACACCUGGUUUUCAGGUGACACUUACGGACCCGCCAAGUGUGCCAUCUCCUCCACAUUCACCUCAACAUUCACCUCAACUUCUUCAAGUUGCAGAACCCGGAGACCAAGCAGGCGUGCCAAAUUCAAAGUCUCCUCAACCUCUUCAGCCUGUCGGGUUCACCGAUUAUUUUCCCGGGGAAACCCUAAGCGUGCCAUCUCCCCCACAUUCACCUCAACCUUUCCAAGUUGCUGAAACGACGGCACUCAGCGACCAAGGCGUCUUAUCUCCACAAACACCUCACUUCGCUAGCCUGCAAGUUUCCGCUCCAACCGCCCAGUUGAUACCGGCCAGAGACUCCUCCGGUAGCGCUAUACCCGCCGAAUCCAUACGUGCUCUUUCACCACCAGACCAUGUCCCUGACUUGUUGAAACGAAUAAAGCAAUCAGCAAGUUGGGUUUGGGAAGCUGGCCAACUGUCACCAAGCUACCUACUAUCUCGCAAGCGAAGCUGUGAUGAGGACCUUCGAUUGGAGCACAUAAGGCGCCUAGAAGGAGAUCGGUCACUUGGCCCUGAGGAAAAGCUCUUGAGACUUCUUGCACUCAGAUCGAUUGCUCUGGAAUUCACAAACAAGCAGCUGGAUGAUGAAGUUUAUCCGACGAAACUCGAGGAAAUUUAUCAACACAUCUUGUCUCCAAGUCCUUCUAACGUCAAUAUUUUCAAUUAUGGGAACAACAAUUUCUUCUCGAAAGCCUUAUCUGCUGGUCUCAAGCAUAUGGUUUUUGAGAAGAUCAUUUCCGAACGCCUAAAAGAAAAUGGUUUGCCAAGCAUAUGCAACGCAAUUUCCGCCAUUGUUGGGCUGCAUAUAGAUCAAUUUCGAAGAUUCCGCUAUGAUGAAAUGCGACGCUUUGCGGACAAAUUAAUUUCAGACGACAUACAUGUCACGAUUCUGCAGAGCAAGAUACAUCUGCUCGAUCUAGUACGAGACCUUAGCCCAUGGUUCAGUGAAGUUCAAAAUUCCUACGAUUGUGAGUUGACUUCGUUCAACGAGUUAACCUACUCCAUGCUGACAUUUGUCAAGUGA